GGAGGCAAGACUCAUCAACCCCUCCCUGAAGAGGGGAAAGCGCCCUCCCGCGGCCAGCACUGCCCUUCUGCCAGUGCAGGAGCGUGGGGUAAGCUCCUGCCUGAAGUUCCCCGAGGCCUCAGGCGGAAGUCAAGAUUCCGCGCAGAAGCGGUGCCCUAACGCGGUGGGAGGCGGGACCUCCAGGAUGGGCAGACAGGCGCCGCUAUCGCGCAGCGGCGACCCUGGCGGGACUAGGCCGAUAAGAUCUCGCGGGGAGUGCGCAUGCGGCUGGGCGCCGGUUUGUCUACGCGUGCGCGCGUUUACGCCACUUCCCAGCAUUCCGCGUACGGGUGGGGCGUGCAGCGUCAGAUCGUUUGAUCCGGAAACAGCGGCGGUAGCAGAGGCGACAGAAGCGAGGGGCCGCCGUUAGUGGGUACGUCGGGGAUCCGAGCAAAGGGUGUGUAACCCGGAAGCGGAAGCGAGCCCCUGCGCCAGCUCCGGCCUGCCAUUGAGCCCCUACCACCAUGGACCUCUUGUUUGGGCGCCGAAAGACGCCAGAGGAGCUGCUGAGGCAGAACCAGCGGGCCCUAAACCGUGCCAUGCGGGAGCUAGACCGGGAGAGACAGAAGCUGGAGACUCAGGAGAAGAAAAUCAUUGCAGACAUCAAAAAGAUGGCCAAGCAGGGGCAGAUGGAUGCUGUGCGCAUCAUGGCAAAAGAUCUAGUGCGUACUCGGCGCUAUGUGCGCAAGUUUGUAUUGAUGCGAGCCAACAUCCAGGCUGUGUCCCUGAAGAUACAGACACUGAAAUCCAACAACUCAAUGGCACAAGCUAUGAAAGGGGUCACCAAGGCCAUGGGCACCAUGAACAGACAGCUGAAAUUGCCCCAGAUCCAAAAGAUCAUGAUGGAGUUUGAGCGGCAGGCAGAGAUCAUGGACAUGAAGGAGGAGAUGAUGAAUGAUGCCAUCGACGAUGCCAUGGGAGAUGAGGAAGAUGAAGAGGAGAGUGACGCUGUAGUGUCCCAAGUCCUGGAUGAACUGGGACUGAGCUUAACAGAUGAGCUGUCAAAUCUCCCCUCCACUGGUGGCUCACUCAGUGUGGCUGCUGGUGGGAAAAAAGCAGAGGCCACAGCUUCAGCCCUGGCUGAUGCUGACGCAGACCUGGAAGAGCGGCUCAAGAACCUACGGAGAGACUGAUCACCUUCUUGCCACUGGGGAAAGGAUAGAAUGGAUGCCCAGGGUCUUUACCAUGAUGGGUCUUACCAUUUUAUUCUGUAAUAAAUGAGAUUGGAUGCUCAUUA